AUGUGGAGGAAAAAAAGAAACAAGACAGACAUGGCUGACAUUGCAUAUCAGAAGGAUGCCAAAUUCACUUCUCUAAAGUUCUUCAUCAACAAGUUCCCCUGCAUGUUGCUUCAGGAAGAAGAAGAAGACAAGCACAGUGCCCUAGAUGCUCUGGAGAACCAGUUCCUUAUCUAUCAAAUUGCUCAGCUUCCGGACUUAGUGCAAAAUGAGGAAUCUACUGACAAGCAGUGGACAAGGGAUUUCCAGUGCGAUUUUGAUGAACCUGCAUUGUGUGGUUUCACCCAAGAUACAAGAGAUGAUCUGGAGUUUCUUCAUCAUAGUGGUUUGACUCCAACCGAAGGAACUGGACCUCAUGGCGACCAUACCUCAGGUUUCGGACAUUAUAUGUACCUUGAAGCAACAGGUGCAACGUUCGGGUCCACUGCCCGCCUCAUAUCUCCUCGCUUCAAUGGUAGCAGUGGUGAUGAUGAUGAUGAGGGGACCAACGGUGUGAAGGUCACCUUCUGGGUUCAUAAGAAUGGGCAGGAGAUGGGAAACCUUCGUUGUUUUCUUAUGAAUGCAACCACGGAUACAUCCACAGCGACUACGAACACCACCACUACAAUGCAACAAAUACUAGAAGUCCCUGGUGUACUCGGGACCGAAUGGGUGAAGAGAAAUGUGACGAUUCCUAGACCAUCAACAGAUUUUCAUAUCGUUUUCGAAGCAACAUGUGGAGCAUCUGCAGCUAGUGAUAUCGCUAUUGAUGACGUCACUGUGAAUGAUGACGUCAUUCCAGAACCAGCACCUAUUGAAGAGUUCAACUGUACUUUUGAGGCUGCAGGCCUUUGUGUAUUUUCUCAAGAUGGAACCGACCAGUUCAAUCUAGUCAAAUACCAUGCUGCUGAAAAUCCAAAUCCAUUUGCUAUGAAUAGAGAUCACACAUUUAGCAAUGGCACAGGGCAAUACUUGUCAGUCGAUGCGUAUAGCCGCUUUGGGUGGGGAUGGCGUCGUACACCAUCGAGACAUUCAGCAGGGCAGGUUGCUCGUCUUGUAUCACCCAUGUUAGCUCCCGUGAAUGAAGGCGAAGACCCAGCAUGUCUUCUAUUCUGGUACCACAUGCAUGGAGGGGAUGGUGUGGGUCAGAUCAGGGUCUACGUCAAGAAUGAAUCCUCAGAGGAGUUAGGUGAUCCGCAAUGGCUCCUUGGCGGUGAACGAGGGAACGUUUGGCGCGCUGCUGAAAUCAGAAUUGAACAACUUCUUAAAUUUCAGAUUAUCUUCGAAUUUACGGCUGGAAACUUGGAGAAUAUUGCUAUCGAUGAUGUGAGCUUAUCACGCUAUGAAUGUCCUGGAGAACACCCAGUGGCCAUUGAGCCAAGUGUCGAUUGUGAUUUCGGAGAAGCUGAGAUAUGUUACUAUACGCAUGACCCCACCGCAAACUUUAACUGGGAGUGGACGAACCGAGCCACGGAUAGUUCCUUCACUGGCCCCGCCCAGGACCAUACAAGAGGAGAUGAAUUGGGAUUCUACGUACACAUAGACAGUGUCUACCAGAGACCAGGAAGUAAAUCUAGACUCAUCUCUCCUCUUAUCAACGCUCCACAACGCUCAUCUUGUCUUGAGUUUUGGUUUCAUAUGUAUGGCAGCCAUAUUGGACAGUUGAAUGUCUACUUCAAAUACAAUGACAGCGCCCUCCCUGAUAAACCAGCUUGGUCACUUUCUGGUAACCAAGGCAACACAUGGCACAGAGCAUCUUCUUUAAUCACCGACAUGACGCGAGACUUCAAUGUUGUGUUUGAAGGAGUCCUCGGCCUCUAUUAUCGAACCGAUAUUGCCAUAGAUGACGUGCAGUACUUUCCCAAUUCACCCUGUCCAAUGUAUCCCACAGAAGAACCUAUCCCAACUACAUUACCAGCAGGACUCCUGUCAGAUUUGUCAUGCAGCUUUGAAGAUGAUUCGUGUAACUUCACUCAAGCAACAGAUGACAUCAUGGACUGGAGGCGUGUUAGAGCCAAUUAUCUUCAAGAAGAUAUCAACGGUUAUUAUUACAGGAGCAUGACGAUUAAUCGAUUUCCAAACUGGAACAGACUUAAAGGACCAUCCGGUGACCACACCUCACAGACUCCUGAUGGAUGGUUCAUGGCUUUCUGGUAUCGUGGAAGCUGGGAUAGACCUCGGCUGAUGUGGAAUGAUCGUACUAGGGUACUAUCACCUUUGUUGAGUGGAUCGAAUCAACCGAGAUGUCUCACAUUCUUCAUGUACAAGGAUGGUUACACCAACGAUUUCUUAAAUGUCUACAUCAAAGAGUACGGAGAAACACGAGAAAUCGAUCCAAACUGGGCCUACUUUUGGCGUACGAAUAAGAAAUGGUGGAAAAUACGCGUCGAUAUCCCUGCUUCCCAAAGACCAUUGAAUAUUAUCUUUGAAGCUGUUGUGCCAGCUCCGAGUAGUCGUUAUCGACAAUACAUGAUGUAUAUUAUUGAUGACGUCACUGUCGAAAGUGGGAUUUGUCCUAGAAGUAAUGGAAUCCCUGGAACCUGCGACUUUGAAGAGGAUUCCUGUGGUUAUUCUGGCAAAUGGACUAGGAUUAGUGGGGAAACCCCUUCCAGAUUUACAGGACCUUCCGGUGAUCAUUCAUUUGGUAACGCAAGCGGACACUACAUGUACUACGAGACAUCACAGCCAGUCCGACCAAGCCAGUACGGGGAUUUGUUCUCGCCUCGGAUGCACCUGUACGGAAAGCAGUGUGUACGCUUCUACUACCAUGCCGGUGGCAAUGACACUCGUAGAUUGGAGGUGUACUUGCGAGAGCCUGCUCAGUACACGACCUAUCCUAAGCUCACACUUUUGAAGACGAUUGAAGGCAAACAGAAGAAUACUUGGAUGCCUGUCAAUGCUGAUAUUGAUAUCAGUGGGGACUUUAACAUUGUAUUCAGAGCAUAUGCUGGACGAGGUUACCAGGGAGAUAUAGCCAUCGAUGACAUCAUCAUUCUACCCCAUCCUUGCAUUGACCUUGUCACCGAAACAUCAUGUGACUUCGAGUUAGGACCCGAUGCAUGCGGUUUUACAAACUCCGCUAAGAAUGAGGUCCACUGGGACUGGUACGAUGCCAUCUAUGGAAAAGGUUUUCCUCUCAUCAGUAAAUCAGUGGCUACCAAUUCUUUCAUGUAUGUGGCGCUAUCUCAAUCAUCCGUAAAACGGCAACCCUCUGAACUCUACUCUGGUCAUCUGACUGUUUCACCCACCACUGGGGAUCUCUGUGUCAGCAUCGAGUACGUGAUUGAGGGGACCAGCGAACAGACGAUAGUUAUGUUUGUGGAAGAAAAAGACGGGACGAGAAGAAAGGUCGGCUCUUUGACCGAUAAGAACAUGACUGAGUGGAAGAUGUACACGUCAUCCUUGCUACAGUCUCACUCGUUGAAGCCUUUUAUUGUAUACCAGGUCGUGGUAUCCAUCCAAUCCACAAACAAUGCUGCAGUAAUUGCUAUAGAUAACUUUGUCGUGUCAUCAGCAGCCUGCAACUCUCUCGGAUCGUUGAAUGGCAGAUCACAGACACGGUCAUCAAGGAGUAGUAACCGUUCUGGUAUGGCUGCUGGUAUCAUUAUCCUCAUCCUCAUCAUCGUGGCUGUCUUGGCUGUCUUGCUUUUCAUCUAUCGUAGUCGCAUCCGAUCCAUAGUUCAUCGCUGUUCUCAGUCCGUCACCGAGAUGAAUUAUAAGCGUCACGAUGUCGCCUUCGUCAACGAAGACAAGAAAGAAGCGGUAGAGAUUCCGACCAUCAUUACUCAAGAACUGGAUGCACCCGAGCCUUCCGUUGUCGAUGGAUAGUCUUUCAUCAAUGCCGAUAAGAAGAGGAACAUUGCCCAUGUCUGUGAUAGAGGAUGGAUGGAUGGGCAUGUCUUGGUGCAAACAUGCUUUAAGUGGACUAUUCCGACUGACACUUUAAAGAAUAUCUCAUCAUGACAUAAUAUUCAAGUGUCUCGUAGUUCUUAGAUAUUCAAAAGUCGAGAUACAUGAAAUGUUUAUUCCUUUCUCUAGGUAUUAAAUGUCUUUUUCUUUUCUUUAAUGAACCUAGCAGAUACAGGUUUAUCAUGUAAAAUAUAUUUCAUAUAGGCUGGUAAUCAAGCAUAACAUUAAGUGAUUCUCUUACAUUAUGGA